GUUCGUUGAUGCUGCUGAUAGUUCCUGUUGCUGGGCUGUAGCUACUCAGGGCUGGGCGGUUUCUCAUCUGAAGGCUUCCAUACUGCCUUUUCUGGAUGUCCAAACACAAACUCUUCCUGCUCCGGCAUGGGGAGGGGGCCUGGAACAAGGAGAACCGCUUCUGCAGCUGGGUUGACCAGAAACUGAGCGAGAACGGGGUGGUGGAAGCCCAAGAAUGCGGCAGGCUCCUGAAAAAGCAGGGCUAUCAAUUCGACCAGGUUUUUACCUCCUUACUGAGCCGUUCCAUCCACACAGCCUGGUUGGUGCUGGAGGCCAUGGGAGAAGAGUGGGUCCCAGUCACCAAAUCCUGGAGGUUAAACGAACGGCAUUACGGUGCCCUGAUCGGCCUCAAUCGGGCUGAGAUGGCGCUGAAACAUGGCGAGGAUCAGGUUAAACUGUGGAGGCGUAGCUAUGAUAUCAUGCCGCCCCCCAUUCAUGAGUCACAUCCCUAUUACGCUGAAAUUUACAAUGACCGCCGAUACAGUACGUGUGACAUUCCGAAAGAGGAACUGCCCAAAACGGAAAGUCUGAAGGAAGUGCUAGACAGACUUCUUCCUUACUGGAAUGAUGUCAUUGUACCUGUGAUCAAGAGUGGCCAAACAGUUCUCAUCUCUGGACACGGCAACAGCUGCAGAGCUUUGCUUAAACAUCUGGAAGAUAUAUCAGAAACAGACAUUGUCAAUGUAACACUGCCCACGGGAGUUCCAGUCUUACUGGAGAUGGAUGAAAAUCUCCGACCGGUCAAGCCACGCCAGCUCCUGGGCGACCAGGCCAAAAUUCAGGCGGCCAUCAAAAAGGUGGAGGAUCAAGGGAAGGUUAAUGCAGAAAAUAAAUAAGGGUUUUCUUGAGGAAAAUGUCAGAAUCUUCAGAUAGGAAUUGUUCACACAGAAACAUUAGUCGUUCAGUAUGUCCUGAUGCACUGUCCGAGGUAGGCGUCCUGUUUAGAUUGGUACUUUAAGAAUCUAGAAGAGUUAUAUGUUAGUAUUGAAUUCAGGCAAUGGUUACUUAUCCCAAAUGCAGACUUGCUGCAUAUAUUUUGUCACUGCAGGAGAUCUGUAGACCAAAUAAUGAAGCAGAUACUGAUAUAACAUUAUUUUUUUUAAAUGAUCAUUUAAUGUGGUGUUAUUUUUUCUUAACUCUUGUAUUUGAACCUGUUACUUUUAUUAUCUAUGGAUUUUAGGCCGCAGAAAACCAGUGCCUUCAUUUGGGUAAAAAUAGCAUCCAUCCGUUGUUUUCUAAUAGAAUUUGUUAUUGUAGGUCAAUACAAAUAUUUAACAAAUUCUGUAUAUAUAUAUAUAUAUAUAUAUCAGUAAACUCAGUAAUAUUCGGAACUGCUUUAAAAUAACUGCUUACUAUAAUAUAAUGUGAAUUUUUUUAUCAUUACUCCAGUCACAUGAUCCUUUCAAGAAACUUCUUAUUCAUCUUGCUGAAAACAGUUGUGCUGCUUAAUAUAUUUUUUGUGGAAAUUGUGACACAGGAUUCUCUGAUAAAUAUAUAGUUAAAAAAGAACAACAUUUACUUGAAAUAGAAUUUUUUUUUUUUUUACAAUAAUUACUAUUUAAUGUCACGUUUGACCAAUUUAAUGUGCCAUUGCUGAAUAAAAUAUAAAUAAGCACAAAUUAUUCACUCCACUGUCUGGACUUCCAAGGCACAGAUUAAACCUAAUGUUAUUUGAUUCAUAUUCAUAAUCCAUCAAGUGAUAUAUAUAUAUAUAUAUAUAUAUAUAUAAUAGAGACUCAAUUGGAUGUUAUAAUAUUAAAUUGUUAAAAAAUGUGUGUUUUAUACUACAGGUAGCAUAUUUUGGGUGGAAUUAUUUAAAAAGGUCAUUUUGUUUAUGUCUAAUGUAUUUAUUACCGUAAAUAUAUUUAAAGUUAAUAUGUGUUAAGAUUAACUUAUAUUCAGUUUUAUCAUGCAAUGCCAAAUGCUACCAACGCUAGCUCUUUCUUUAUCUCAUCCGACAUUAACCAACAUAAAUGCAAAGAAAACCUAGCGAGUAAAACUAAGACAUAGUUGUGGUUUAUAAAGUCUGUGCACUGUAAUAACUCUAUUUUGUUUUUUUGUUUUUUAUUGUCCAACACUGUACUGUACAAGUAAAGAAAUGCUAUAUGUGUCUUGUUUUUGUUAUAAUAUCCAUUGUGUCUUUCACUAUUACAUGUCUACAUGUUCUAUCCCUGUUCUACCAUACUAUUAUUUAACCGGGGCACAUCUUAUGUAGUUUCACUUUCUUUUUCACCACCCAGAAGAACUGGUCUGCUCUGGUUUAGCACAUCCCUGAUACAUUUUCCUGAAAGAAUAAUAUAUAAAAAUAAAGAUGACUUGUAUAAAAUGGG